GCGCCGUAUCAUACAGCGACGACGACUUCGCUGACGAGGACUUUUCUGACUCCGAAGACGACGAAGGGGAUGUGGAACCAGUGCGCCGUGCCAGCCACGGCAGGCCCGAGCACCCGCGGCCUGGGAACCCCGAGCCGCCGGACGGGCUUCGCACUGAGAGGACCGAUAGAACAAUCGACCCGCGCACUUUUCUCGACGAGAACGAGCGGGACCGCUGGGAUGCUUCCGUUGGCACCUCCGGAGCAAG